AUGCAGGAGCAGGGCAGCGGACUUCCGGGCGUGCCUGCCCCUGCCAGUGGGAACCAGACUUCCGCUCAAAGUUCUACGGGUCCUGAUCAUGAGCCUGUGUCCCGCCAGACACCGGCGGCCGCUGCCCUGCUAGCGAGCAGCUCUCCCCAUGCAUCGCCCAAAUCUCGAGAAAGCUCGCUUUGCGGGCUAUCGCGUUUCGCCGAUACAGUUGAUGCGACUGGUGCUGACGCACGCACGGAAGAAAGCCGACGCGAGACCUUGGCUGUCGCUGCUGCGUCGCGCGCGCACGAGCUGAAAUUGCGUCAUCCAGCCUCAGACGAUGGGCUGCAGGUUUCGUCCUCGAUGGAGACGACCGCGAGCCGCGGUGCUGCCUCCUCCGCAGGGGCCGGCGCGCGGCAGUCUCUACCAGCUAGCGCGGGCAGCACGAGAGACCUAGAGUUCAGCCGCGCCGACCCUUUUGAGGCCGUCCGCAGGUCCACAGCGGCCGCCGCGCUCGAGCGUUCUGCUGCUGCGCUGUGCCUGUCCUCGACGGGGCAGCGGCCCUGCGACCCCACGAGAGGGGGAGCCCCUGGCGGUCUGCCGGCGAACGGAACCAGGGGCGCCUCGUCCUCCAGCUCUUCGUCUUACAGCUCUUCGUCCUCCAGCUCUUCGUCCUCCAGCUCCUCGUCUUCCAGCUCCUCGUCUUCCAGCUCCUCGUCUUCGUUCGCGCGAGUCCCGGAACGCGGCAGCGGCGCGAGAUCGAGCUCGGCGGUAGCGGGCGGCGGGCGGAUGGCGCUGCGGGUCGCCGCAGCCUCUGAAGGCAGCGUGACGGUCGUGGACGAAGGAACCGGCACCCUGCCCAGCGAUUGGGUUCGACAGCUCCAGCGGCAGGCGGUGCGCCCGACCCCUAUUCUGCGUCUCCGCGUCCACCCCGAGACAGGCGAGGUGAUCACCGCCGGCGAGACGAGCGAAGGCCCUAGCGACGCCAGCCCCGAGGGAGCGGAAACUCCUUCGUUGCCAGUGGCAGCGUCGCCGUCGGCGUCGACAGCCGCCCCGUCGCCAGGCCGAGGCCAUGAAGGUCGCCGUGGUGCAGGAACGCGAGGUCGCAUGUCUCAAUCAGGGCGCUUAGGACUGCUCGUUCAUUCCGGCUCGGCCUCGCCGGCACUGCCCACGGCUUUGGAGACUCUUGAGCGAUUCCGCUUCCGCAGCAGCAGCGCGUUCGGCCGCGGGGCUUCGCAGGGCUUCUCGGGGGAGAGAGUGUUUGAAAGAGACACCUACACGGACACCGUGAACAGCAGUGAAGACAGUGGCUUGACCUGGGGGGAGAAGAAGGCGAAAGACGGCAGCUGGCGAGAGAAGUGGAUGCAGCAGACGAUGGACGAAGUCGACGAUGAGAAGAAGGAACAAGGCGAAGAGGCGGACGACGCAGAAGCAAGACGAACGAGGAGAACGCGGAGAAGGACUUUUGGACAGAACCACGGGAUCAAUGAGAGCAGAAGAGAAAGGUGGACGGAGCGCUGGGAUGAACUCGAGGGCCGGCGACGCACAGUGGAGAAAGCCGUUCAGCAGUUGGACGAGAACGGGAACGUGGUGCAGGAGUGGUUCGAAGUGACUGAGCAGAACCUGGAGACGGGCGAGACAAAGGUCACGAAGGCUGGCGAAGACUUGCGGGAGUAUUUCGGCGCCUUGACUGGACCGCCCAGUCCCCGCGACGAGGGAGCUUACGACGAUGACGAAGAACCGUUCAGUCGUUUGCGCCGAGGUUCUGCGCUUGAGGAGAACGCAGGAACCGGCUCGCUGCGCCCGCGCCCCAAAGGGAGAAGAGCGCGACUCGCCCGGCGGUGGAAAGAGGAGGGGCGCCGGCGCGUCUGCGCCGAGACUGGCGAGGAGAUUGAGCGCUCGGAUGCUUUCGAGGAGACUCAGGCAGGACGCCAGAGAGGAAGGCGAAGACGCCGCGAUGGAAAGACAGGACAAGAGGAGACUGAAGUGUGGUACCGGUCGUUCGAUGUCGACACCGAGCAGACCCUCGAGACUUGGGAUGAGCGAUGGGUGGAAAACGAGAACGGAGAAAAGUGGGGAGAGAAAAAAGGCGUCAACACCCAGAAGGAAGAGUGGGGAGAGAAGUGGCGCGAAAACGCCGACGGAGAGCGAGAGGUCGACCGCUGGGCUCGCACUGAAGACGGCCGAAGGAGGUGGGGCGAGAAGAAGGGCAGAGGGAGGCCGAAGAAAACUAUUGGCAAGGACCAGAGGCUCGACGGCGUGGAAGCUGUCGAGGAAACCACUCCUGAGGACUACACAGAAAGGUGGGAGAUUGAGCACCGAGGGGACAGCUACGUCUCGUUCUCAGAUCGCUGGUGGGAGAGACCGGAGGAGGGCAGACGGUGGGGCGAGAAGAAGCAGGUGACGCACUGCGCUCUUUGGCGGAUACAGAGAGACGGCAGUGACGCAGAACAAAGCCCAGAGGAGCCUAGCGAGAGAGUGGUGGAACUGAAUGAGAAGUGGUACGAUAAUGGGACGGAAAAGACCGUCGAUGAAUGGCAGACGGAGCUGCUUCUCAAGAACCCCUCGCCAGCAUCAGAGACCGGCCCUCGCCGCAUUUUGCGAGAGGUCAAGUCAGGGCGCAAGCACACCGAGCGGUACGCGGACGGCACGCAGUGGGGCGAGAACUGGCAGGAGGCACGGACGACGGCCUCGUCGCCUGCGGGAGGCGAGAGCGAGGUGGAGCGACUCAGCGACGAGGGAGUCGUUUCGCGUUACGUCACUGUGCAGAUCCGGACCCCGGACGGGCAUUUUGAAGUGCGCAACGUGGAGGCAUCGGCUCCGGUGCUUCGUCUGGCCGCGACGGGGCGCGACAACUGGUGGCGCGAGCCCCAUGGCAACUCCUGGGGAGAAAAAGUGUAUCGCGACUUGGAGGACGGCGGGGAGCAGCACGAACGGUGGUACGAUAACGGCAACGAGCGUCAAGUCGACCGAUGGAGGGUUGCCGCUGACGGCUCGAGGACAGGCGAGAAGUUCGGCUCUAAAACAGACGGGACAGAGUGGCGCGAGACGUGGGGUCGCGACUCCACCGGCGAGGACCAGGGCAACUCCUGGAUCGAGAAAAGCUGGAAAGAGCGAAACCCCAAGGGCGAGGGCGUGAACGAGUGGGGCGAGACUCAGGGCUCCGAAGGCGUCAAGAGGUGGUCGCAGAAAUGGUGGAAGAAAGAGGGUUGGCAUGGAGGAGACGAAUUUACCGAGAAAUGGGAAGACGACGGCCAAGGAAACAAGCAUACGCUAAAACAAGGCUCCACGUGGAAAUACCACGAUGGCGGCCGAGAGGUGACAGACUGGUUUGAGGACAAGUUUGGGGAAGUGGAGCACUUGCAGGAGAAGUGGGCUUUCAAGCAGGGCCGCAACGCGUCAGGCGACCACUGGCUAGAGAAGUGGAAUGAGAGGCCCGAGGAGAAAACCGCGACAAAGUCCGGAUCCAACGCGAGAGGCGACGAAUGGUCCGAGCAGUGGAGGGAGACAUUCGAUGCGAGUGGAGAAAAGAAUAUGACGUGGGCAGAGAAAACAGGACGAAAUGCUCAGGGCGAUUCGUGGUACGAGACGUGGCUCGAGCGCCGAUCGAACUGGAAGAUGGCGCUGAAAGAGGGGCGCAACGCACGGGGCGAAGAGUGGCAGGAAAAGUGGGGCGAAGACCUCCGGGAGGACGGCUCCGGCGAAAAGUGGUGCCAGAAGUGGGCGACGGACCACGCAGGCAAUCGCCACGGCAAGAGCUGGGGCGACCGCUGGGGUCGCGGCGGAAAGGGGGGCCACCGCUGGGGCGAGGAGUGGUCGAACGACGACGUGCACAAAUGGUGGCACGACACGGACGGCAGGCCCGAGGGCUGCUGA